CCCUUCAGAAGCGGCGGAGCCGGGGAGCAUGGACCAGACGCCGCGGCUCCGGCACCAUGACACUCCCCCACUUCGCGGUGGCUCUGAUUCUCGGGGCGCUCCCCGGAGUGGUCAGCUCUGAUUCGGUCCUCGGUUAUCCCCUCCACCACCGCCAUCACCAUGCGCCCUCUCGGGGUCCCCGAGACCCUUAUUACCUUACCACUCAGCGGCGGCCACAGAAGACACCGCCGCCCCCGCUCCCGCGCCCCCCGCGCCCCCCGCCGGCGCUCCGCGCCUCGCGCGCGCACGGCCUCCGCACGCCCCGGCCGCCUCCCGGGGACUGCCCCGCCGGCGCGCCCGGGGCCAACGUGACGGACUCCGGCGCCCCUUGUCUGCGCUGGGCAGACGUGCCGCCGUUCCUCGCGCGGCCGCCGCCGGCGGGCUGGGCGCAACUGCGAGGGCAGCGCCACAACUUCUGCCGGAGUCCGGACGGCGCGGGCAGACCCUGGUGCUUCUACGGGGCCGCCGGCGGCAAGGCGGACUGGGGCUACUGCGACUGCAGACGCGGCCCUGUGUUCCCCAUCCUGCGCCUUGUUGGGGGGAGCAGUGUGCGUGAGGGCCGAGUGGAGGUCUACCAUGCCGGUCAGUGGGGGACAGUCUGUGACGACCAGUGGGAUGAUGCGGAUGCGGAAGUGGUCUGCAGGCAGCUGGGUCUGAGUGGCAUUGCCAAAGCAUGGAAUCAGGCGUAUUUUGGGGAAGGGUCUGGCCCGGUAAUGUUGGAUGAGGUACGCUGCACCGGGAAUGAGCUUUCCAUUGAGCAGUGUCCAAAGAGUUCCUGGGGAGAGCAUAACUGUGACCAUAAAGAAGAUGCUGGAGUGUCCUGUACCCCUCUAACAGAUGGCGUCAUCAGACUUGCAGGUGGUGAAGGCGGCCACGAGGGUCGCCUGGAGGUGUAUCACAGGGGACAGUGGGGAACUGUCUGUAAUGACGGCUGGACUGAUCUUAACACCUAUGUGGUUUGCCGGCAGCUGGGAUUUAAAUAUGGCAAACAAGCCUCUGCAAACCACUUUGAAGAGAGCAUGGGACCCAGAUGGCUGGAAGGCGUCAGUUGCUCAGGAAAGGAAGCCAGUUUCCUUCAGUGUUCACGGGGACCCUGGGGAAGGCAUGCCUGCAGCCAUCAGGAAGAUGUUGGCAUCUCCUGCUACCCCGGCGGGAACGGAUUCAGAGUCUCCCUGGGUUUUCCAAUCAGACUGAUGGAUGGCGAAAAUGAGAAGGAAGGACGAGUGGAGGUUUUUAUCAACGGCCAGUGGGGAACAGUUUGUGAUGAUGGGUGGACUGAUGAGGAUGCCACUGUGAUCUGUCGACAGCUUGGCUACAAGGGCCCAGCCAGAGCAAGGAGCAUGGCGUAUUUUGGGGAAGGGGAGGGACCCAUCCAUAUGGAUAACGUGAAGUGCACAGGAAACGAACGGUCCCUGGCCGACUGUGUCAGACAAGACAUCGGAGACCACGACUGCCGCCACAGUGAAGACGCAGGAGUUAUUUGUGAUUAUCUUGGGAAAAAAGCAUCAGGAAACAGUAGUAAAGAGUCCCUCUCAUCUGUUUGUGGUUUGAGAUUAUUGCCCCGUCGGCAGAAGCGGAUCAUUGGUGGGAAGAAUUCUUUAAGGGGUGGUUGGCCUUGGCAAGUAUCCCUCCGGCUGAAGUCAUCCCAUGGAAACGGUAGGCUCCUUUGUGGGGCCACGCUCCUGAGUAGCUGCUGGGUCCUUACAGCAGCACACUGCUUCAAGAGGUACGGUAACAGUACUAGGAACUACGUGGUUCGGGUUGGGGAUUAUCAUACGCUGGUGCCGGAGGAGUUCGAAGAAGAGAUCAGAGUUGAGCAGAUCGUAACCCACCGGCUGUACCGCCCGCUCAGCAAUGACUAUGACAUCGCCCUGGUUAGGUUACAAGGACCAGAGGAGCAGUGUGCCAGACUCAGCAGCCACAUUCUGCCAGCCUGCUUGCCACGCUGGAAAGAGAGGCCACAGAAGAGAGCCCACAACUGCUAUGUAACAGGAUGGGGAGACACAGGACCAGCCUACUCAAGAACUCUACAACAAGCAGCCAUCCCCUUACUUCCCAAGAGGUUUUGUGAACAUCGUUAUAAGGGUCUGUUUACACGAAGGAUGCUCUGUGCUGGAAACCUCCAUGAACACAAACGUGUGGACAGUUGCCAAGGAGACAGCGGAGGACCACUCGUGUGUGAACGACCGGGAGAGCGCUGGGUUGUGUAUGGAGUGACCUCCUGGGGAUACGGCUGUGGAGCCAAGGAUUCCCCUGGUGUUUAUACCAAAGUCUCAGCCUUUGUACCUUGGAUAAAAAGGGUCACCAAACUGUAAUCCUUCAUGCAAAUGUCAAGAAGAUAGUAUUUAAAGAAUAUGUUGGAAAAUUUCCAACAUUGGCAUUUAGCCAGAGAUGCCAACUAAGGGGAGCGGAGAUUUUUUUGUGUUCUGUGUUGAUAAAAGUGGUGUACCUCUUUGCUGCUGGAGAAUGAUGUGAUCAUUCUGGUUACAGAUACCUCAGUGUAGUAAUGACUGUUCUUAUUUAGCACUGUUGCCUACCCAAAUUAGUUUUAUGGGAGACUACAUUCGUUAUUCUGUCUUGUCUCAAUUUCUCAGCAUUCUCCAGAGAUUAUUGUAUAUUGAUUGUGCAAUAAGGUUGUUUUUACAUGUAUUUGGAUUGAGAACUCCUUUGUAACUCAAUCAGUAUGGUCUAUAUUCAUAUUAAGAGCCUACCUUUGACAUAAAAAAAAUACCCUUUACUAUACUUACAAUACACGUGGCAGUGUUUUCUGUUCAUGUAAUUUUUAAGCUGAUUUUUUUUCCCUGAAGGUUGAUAAGCAGUCUCCACAGAUGAAUCUUUCUGGCCUUUCACGAGAAAAGCAUAAAAGCCAAAAAGGUAAAGCAAUCCUAUUAUAAACAGACUGAACUAGGAGUAUUAUGUCACAAUACAUUUCUGAAUGAAGCCUUAAUACCAAGUCACUAUGGCAACUAGAGAAAAACAUUCUAGCUACCUUGUAUAUUGCUAGCACAAUUUGGCUGAUGACAUUAAGAAUAUCUUCAAAUGGUUUAAUACAUAACCUGAUUCAUCCACCAUGUACUUGCCAACAUUUAUCUGAUUACUUUUAAUGACUUCAAAUUUGCUGCUUGGUGAAACAAAAAUUUCCUUCCUUAGCAGCAUGCUCUUUUCUAGACCAUGGUGUAAGAGCACCACCUAUUGAAACUUUCUGGUAACUAUCUGAAACCUGCAGAUUUCCUGAGACUGUCCUGAUAAGUGGAGGUUGAUCAGUUGUGCUGACUCUUUGUAAUCCCAUUGAGUGUAGCCUACAGGCUUCUCCGUUCAUGGCAUUUUCCAGGGAAGAGUACUGG